AUGGCGCUGGCAGACCAUGAUAUUGUGCGGGUGAGCGGGGAGUAUGAGCCUGCGAGCGUGCGAACGCUGGUGUUGGACAACAUGGAGCUGAUCAGCGUGGCAGCCUUGUCCAAGUGCACGCGCUUAACAACGCUCUCGCUCGCCGGGAACAUGCUGCACGACUUGCGAGCCUUGAGCAACCUGACGGAACUGACCAGUAUCGACGCCACAAACAACCGCAUCUCGUCCCUCAAGGACAUUCGUUCCCUCAGCAAGCUCACCACGCUCCGCGUCGCCGGCAACCCGCUCCCGACCGACUUUUCCGCUCUCCUCAACGACAUCAGGAGCCUCCACAGUCUCGUCCGCCUCGAUAUUGCCACCAAAGACCUCCCAUACGAAGGCACCAUCGACCUUGAGCUAUUGCGGUCACAGCUGCCAACCCUCAGAGUCUUCAAUGUGCUGAUUACGGACACUGAAUUGACGAAGAUGGAGCUGCCUCGCAUCAUGGAUGGCGAGAAGUGGAAGCAGCAGGACACGGAGUUUUCUGAUUGCCUGCAGGCAUGUGCGGACUUUUCCGAGUCCAUACGUGCGGAGCUGGCAACAGAUGAACUGCUUGAAGAGAAAACCAAAUCAACAGACGCAACAACACCAGCAGCCGACUGACACUUGCGAUGUUGAUGUGUGUGUGUGUGUUAGAGAUUGAUUACUCGAUUGUGUAUGAGUGAGGUGAUAACGAAUGCGCACAGCACGUUUGGUGCGUGCGUGCUCUUGCAGUUGCUGUUGCGACGAGCGAACGACCAAUAAGAGACUCUUGAGAUUGCU